AUAUUAUGAUAAAGUGGGGAUAUGGCAUAUGCAAUAACCGGGUAUAUUAUAUUUUAGCAAUUGUAAGCACGUGUACUGAUUGACUGAAUUCUUGUUUGGAAUUUGGAAGUGUCCUAAUAAAUUUUGUUCGAAAACAUUACAAAAUGACUGAAGACGCAAACAAAGAAAUCAAGGAAAAAAUUCCAUACAGCGCCAGAAUAAAGUUCUUGAACGAAAUUGCCAAACCGUUGGCUUCAAAAACAUUGACUAAAAAAAUUUACAAAUUAGUUAAAAAAGCACAUAAAGAAAAAACUUAUUUAAGGGUAGGUUUGAAAGAAGUGCAAAGACGUAUUCGCAGAGGUGAAACAGGAUUAGUUAUAUUUGCUGGUGAUGUUACACCAAUUGAUAUCAUGAGUCACAUGCCUGGAAUUUGUGAAAACAAAGGACUGUUUUAUUGCUAUGUACCAUCUCGUGAGGAUUUGGGUUCAUCAAUGGGUGUCAAGCGGUCAGCGGUAAUGGUACUCAUUCGCAAACAUGAAGACUAUGCAGAUUUAUACGACGAAUGUAGCAGUGAGAUAAAAGGACUGCCCCUUGACUUUUAUUAAAAAUUUAAUUAUUCAACUUGUGUUGUUUAACAAUAAUGUUAUAUAAUAUACAAUAUAUUAUAAGUAAAAUUUACCAUUUAAAAACCAAGUGUAUUAUAGUUAAAAAAAAAAAAUUAAUUUCUAUUAAUAUUGUACACUUAAUGAAAUGUGUAAAAAAGAAUAACAAAAGUACAAACGACUACAACACCUGCAACAAUUAA